CUGAUCUCCACAGAAGAUUUUUUUUUUCUUCGCUUCACGGGGCUGGCCGUUUAAACAGAAAAACAGGGGUAAAAAAGAAAAUAUACCCGCCCCCAGACGUGCCUCCCCAGCGCCGCAGGGAGCCAACAGACACGCUGGAGUUUCACAAACAGCAAUACUCUUCGCGCUCCUGAAAAGCAGGGCUGGACGCUCUCCGUGGUGCUGAAACGCUCCGAGGCUGUCUCUGUCCGUGGUACCUAGAGCCGCCUCGCUCCAAUUUCCCCUGGGGCUCUCCCUCCGCGCCCCUGUUCCCCACCUCCCCUUAGGAUUUGGAUUAUUUUUUUCAACAGCGCUCACUGUUUUGUAAGUGCCAAUUUGAAACAUUUUUGCCCCCAUAACUCGUGGACUACAAAGCACAAGGACCUGAAAAAUGUACAGCUUCAAUACUCUUCGCCUCUACCUUUGGGAGACCAUUGUAUUCUUCAGCCUUGCUGCUUCUAAGGAGGCUGAAGCUGCCCGUUCCGCAUCCAAGUCUAUGUCACCCUCGGAUUUCCUGGAUAAGCUAAUGGGGAGGACCUCUGGAUAUGAUGCCAGGAUCAGGCCCAAUUUUAAAGGUCCCCCGGUGAACGUGAGCUGCAACAUUUUCAUCAACAGCUUCGGUUCCAUUGCUGAGACAACUAUGGACUACAGGGUCAACAUCUUCCUACGGCAGCAGUGGAACGACCCCCGGCUGGCCUACAACGAAUACCCAGAUGACGCUCUGGACCUGGACCCAUCCAUGUUGGACUCCAUCUGGAAACCUGACCUGUUCUUUGCCAAUGAGAAGGGGGCCCACUUCCACGAGAUCACCACAGACAACAAACUGCUGAGGAUCUCCCGGAAUGGGAAUGUCCUCUACAGCAUCAGAAUCACCCUGACACUGGCCUGCCCCAUGGACUUGAAGAAUUUCCCCAUGGACGUCCAGACGUGCAUUAUGCAACUGGAAAGCUUUGGAUACACCAUGAAUGACCUCAUCUUUGAGUGGCAGGAGCAGGGGGCUGUGCAGGUGGCAGAUGGACUGACUCUGCCCCAGUUUAUCCUGAAGGAGGAGAAGGACUUGAGAUACUGUACCAAGCAUUACAACACAGGCAAAUUCACCUGCAUCGAGGCCCGGUUCCACCUGGAGAGACAGAUGGGCUACUACCUGAUCCAGAUGUACAUUCCCAGCCUGCUCAUUGUCAUCCUCUCAUGGAUUUCCUUCUGGAUCAACAUGGAUGCUGCCCCAGCCCGUGUGGGCCUGGGCAUCACCACCGUGCUCACCAUGACCACCCAGAGCUCAGGCUCCCGAGCAUCCCUGCCCAAGGUGUCCUAUGUGAAAGCCAUUGACAUUUGGAUGGCCGUGUGCCUGCUCUUCGUGUUCUCAGCCCUGCUCGAGUAUGCCGCUGUCAACUUUGUGUCUCGGCAGCACAAAGAGCUGCUCCGAUUCAGAAGGAAGCGAAGACAUCACAAGAGCCCCAUGUUGAAUUUGUUUCAGGAGGAUGAGGCCGGAGAGGGCCGCUUCAACUUCUCUGCCUAUGGGAUGGGCCCGGCCUGCCUUCAGGCCAAGGAUGGCAUCUCGGUCAAGGGCGCCAACAACAACACCACCACCAACCCACCUCCUGCGCCAUCCAAGUCCCCGGAGGAGAUGCGAAAACUCUUCAUCCAGAGGGCCAAGAAGAUUGACAAAAUCUCCCGCAUCGGCUUCCCCAUGGCCUUCCUCAUCUUCAACAUGUUCUACUGGAUCAUCUACAAGAUCGUCCGCAGGGAGGAUGUCCACAACCAGUGACGGGUCUGGGAUUGGGGGGGAGGCUGGGAGAGGGCAGAGUGGGAAGAGCACAGGAAUCAGGGCCGAAGAGGAGGGGACAGGAGGGAGGGGGCACACACACAACCGUCUCCUUCUCUGCAAUGUGUGCAAUCCCAAAUGCGGCGAUGCAUGACUCUUAGAAUGUGGCACUAGCUAUUUAACCUCGGGUGGCUGGUGGGAGCGGGGAGGGAGGGGCUUUUCUAAUACAGGAACUGAGGGGCCAGGGAGGAAGGGGAGGAUUCGGGGUGGGUCAGGGGGAGUGGGAGAAAACAGCUUUCAAAAAUGAGUCCGUGGGCUGUGCAGUUUUCCUGUUUGGAAGGAGCAUACAGUCUGCCCCAGAGCAGAAGGGAAGCAAUAUAAUAUAGGACAUAUAUUCAUGCUUAAUAUUAAUCCAAAACCACAAGAACAAAAGAUUUGUUUCUUAACCUAUCAGCCUAGUAACUGCUUAAAUUUUUAAAGUCACAGAAGUGAUGGACAAUUUUUCCCAGAGUGGAAACAGUCACAAAUAAGCUUGCUCUGGUUUGUGUCCCACAUCACACCCCUCCAAACGCCAUGCCUAUCUUCAAACUGGCCCAGGCGGACUCAUGGCAAAAAGCCAUUCCGCCUCUGCUUCAAGAAGGUCAUGCAGUCCAGGCAUGGGUAGUGGAAAUGGGGAAAAGUGGAGAGAAGAGAAGGGAGUGACUAAAGAGAUGGGACAUUUCCGAGGCCCGAAGAUUGAGAAUCCAUCCUCACGUCUCCAGGCUGAGGACCUCUCUCUGAGCUGCCCCUCUCUGAGCCCUCACGCUUCUGUGCUUCACCACCCACCCCACUUACCCUCCACCACCACCCAGAAAUGGCCGCUGUGGUUUUUCUCAUCAUAUUGCCAAUAUGCAAUCUUUUUUAUGGUUAAAAAAAAAGGUAAUAAUCUCAAGAAAUAAUAUGCAGAUAGACUGAGUAUAAACAGAUGCACUUUUUUCAGAUGUCUACUUUUGGGGAGAGUCUCUGGAACUGCAAGUGGGUGUAUGUUUGGGAAGGUGGGGUCCAUAGGAUGAAACAGAUGCAUUAUUAUCGUGGUUCUGCAGAGUGAAGUUUUGCGAGGUGAAAGGGUAGCAGUGAGGCCGCUGCCACUUAGAUGUGUGUAUACGGGUGGAAAGAGAGUAAUGUUUAUAAAGUCUGUUCAUUAUAUUCUGACAUUUCAUAUACCACAAAGAAUGUGGGAAGCUUGGGGGGAAAGACCCCAUUAUAUUUUUGUAAGUCUUUUUUUUGUUUUCCUUUUUGGUGCUUUGUUUGGCUUUAACAUUUAAGAAAGUUAGACAAACAUUUCUCUCUCCUUCUAACUCUAAAGUGCCAGAACUAUCCAGAUAGCUAGGGAUAUCUUGGGAUAGUUCUGGGGAAAAAGGAGAGCCUGCGAAGUGAACUGCGGGGAGUAGGGGAGCCUGCUCAAGGACACAGAUGUUCACAGAUGGGACGUCUUCAAGGUGGGCCACAGAAUUAGAGGGGAGCUCUGUCUAUCAGCCUCUGGCCCACCCUCUGUCAACACCACUGCACCUGAAACGACUGCACUAUGGCUUGUGGCAUCCUCCCCACUAUGGCCCAUGACCAGAAUACUGGGGUUAAAUUUCUUUGCACUUUAGUGGAUCAAAGUGGUAGGUAGCUGGUGAGACACAGCUGACAGUCAGUCGUACUGAGGCUUGGGGUUCACUUGUGCCUUUAGAGUAUCCCCAACUUAGGGCAGGACAGAGAUGAGACACUGGGAACCUAACUCCUCCCUAAAGCACCUUUCCCAGGGGAAAUUUCUCCCAUUACCUAUGCCCAUAACUAAUGCCCAUAGAAGCCCAAAGAAGCAGGUUAAGACAAGAUCCAGAAGUGAUUUAGGUAAAGAAAAUGCACUAUGCAGCCAAAAAAGGAUUUGGCUUUGUGGCUUUAAUGAAAAAGCUGUUUACAUCCAAGUUCCAAGGUUAAUCAAGCAUUGCCUUCCCUUCUCUUGGCCUGUGUAGACCAGAAAACUAAACUGUAUUCUAGCCUUGGAGGAUGUGGGAUGGAACCCAGAAUCCUUUUUUCUAAGAAGCAUUGAGGGAUGGGAGCCAAGUGAGUAGGAGUCUCUCAUGUAAGACCAUCCUUUUCCCCACCACUAACAUGUGUCUGAAGGAGGAAAAGUUAAAUAGAGGGAUUUGAACAAAUACUACCAGUUCAAGACUAGAAUAUCAGCCUUUGAACUGCUAUUAGCACCUUUAAUGAGCACUAUAUUCACUUUAAGGUAGAGGGGAAAAAACCCUCAAUUCUCAAGUGGUGCAUGGGUCUCUGGAAAGGCUAUCAUCCCCUUUCACUAGCACUUUAUUCAAUUUAGGGAGCAAAUCAUUUUUAAAUUAAAAAAAUUAAAGAACCCCUUUUCUCUACUUUACUCAUUAUUAGACUAAAUUCAGAAUGUCUGAAGUCUAGGUGAAUCAGGCAACAAAUGUGCUAGGCCACUAUCAGGAACUAAAGACAGUACCAAUUGUUCUAAGACAUUUUUCCUCCACUCAAACUGCAAAAUCACACUGUAUUCCUUGUAUGAGGUGUCUGGAAUCUCCUCGAGACAGAGAAAUCACUGGGCCAUUUGCCCAACCUCUGCUGGAUCCCUGAACUUCUGCCACAAUAGUCAACCUCUGUGCCCACUGGGUGCUGCCAGGUCUAGUUGAUAGUAUCCAACAGACAACAGAAUCAUCUCUCUGAGACACAGAGGGGAUGAAAUCUUCUCUCAGACUAUUCCAAACACAGCAUCUCUCAUAGAAAGUAAAUGUGAGCGGAUGCAUGAUAGCAGUGAAAAGAAGAAUGUGAAUUUUAGUCCUGCCACUAAUAUGCUGGGUGACCGUGGGUAAACCACUAAGCUCUGGUUUCUCUAAAUACAUAAUGGGGAGAGUGGUACAGGUGAUUUCCACCUCCCUCCUGGCACUGACUGCUCUAUGUGCUUGAACUGGUCUAUAGGAAGUUCACACAACAGAAAGUUUAAUGUCACUUUGAUUUCUGAACUCUCCAGGUGGCUAUGAAUAUACAUAUGCACACGUAUAUGGACACACACAAUUCUUGUUGCCUUUCUUUGGACAAUUUGCAGAUUUGUUUUUCCUUUCACUCCACUUUAUCAAAGGUGAACAAUGGUGGGGAAAGAACAUCAAUCAUUAUAAUGUCAAAAAUCCCAUCAUGAGGGGCUUCCCUGGUGGCGCGGUGGUUGUGCGUCCGCCUGCCGAUGCAGGGGAACCGGGUUCGCGCCCCGGUCUGGGAGGAUCCCACGUGCCGCGGAGCUGCUGGGCCCGUGAGCCAUGGCUGCUGAGCCUGCGCGUCCGGAGCCUGUGCUCCGCAAUGGGAGAGGCCACAAC